GCCUGGGUUGCCAUGGAUACCAUGUCCCUGGAGCAUCAGAUCCAGAGUGUGCAACGCCACAUCAGCUUCCUGAAAAAGGAGCAGAUGGCCCUGCUGCGAGACCUGCACCUGGAAAUCCUGAGGCUGCAGAAACGCUGUUCAGAACUGACUCGUGACCUGGAGAUGAGAGAGGCCCAGUCUCAUCAGCAAGAGGCGGCGAACCGCGAGCUCGAGAGCAAGUGCCGCGCGCUCGAGUCCCAGCUGGCCGCGCGGACGGCCGCCAACGCCGAGCUGCGGCGGGAGGUGGCGCAGCGCGAGGCGCUGGUGUCGGCGCUUCGCGGCAGCCUGCGCGCGGAGGAGCGCCGCUUCCUGGAGGAGCUGCGGCGCCGCAGCCACCGCGCCACCGUGCUGGGCACCGAGCUGCAGAAGCACACCGAGGCGGCCGCCUACCUCUCCUGCCAGCUGCACGCGGCGCGCCAGAGACUGCAGGCGCCGCGCCCGGGCCCCGCCGCCGCCGCGGCCCCCGAGCCCCGGCCCCGCCGCCGCGCACAGCGGGCCCGCCGCCCGCCCGCCGCCGAGGCCGCCGCCAAGGGCCCGGGCCGGGACUGGGCCGCCUGGGACCGCGCGGCCCGCGCCCUGGACGACGCCGAUCCCAUGCCCGACCCCGCGCUCUUCCUCUACGCCCGGAGGCCCCCGCGGCCCAGCGGCCGCAGCCCGCGCCAGCCACCGCCCCGGGAGCCCCCCGACCAAGCCGGCCCGCCCAGCGCUCCCGGGGAGCCCGAGUAG